GCCGCCCACGUGACUCCAGGAAGGCGGAGACAGGCGAGCUGGAAAGAAGACUGACAGGCUGCCUGGAGGGAGGUGAGGAGGGGGUCGAACUGAAUAAUUGAGGAGCUGUUCAGCAGCAGCGGCUACCUCCUGCCUUCCUUUGCCACCACCACUCCGCAUCACAGUGGGAGAGACAGACUCUGGCGCUGUAAGUGCAGACGACUAGCCACCAGUCCCCGCAGCCUGUUAAUCGCCUCCAGCCCUCUGACAUUCAUGCCCAGGAGAAGGCUGCUUUGGGUCCCUCUGGACCUUUCCUAAAAAGGAGAUCCCUACUCACUAGAUGAGUUCCAGAAGCACCCACUAAGGCUCCCACAGACCCUCUUUCAUCAGUUGACCUUCACCGAAACCCUAUCACGCAGGAUGAGUGGCUUCCUUGCCUCCCUGGACCCCCGGCGGGUGCAGUGGGGAGCCGCCUGGUAUGCCAUGCACUCCAGGAUCUUGCGCACCAAACCAGUGGAGUCCAUGCUGGAGGGAACUGGGGCCACCACAGCCCAUGGCACCAAGCUAGCUCAGGUGCUCACCACCAUGGACCUCAUCUCACUUGGAGUUGGCAGCUGCGUGGGCACGGGGAUGUACGUGGUGUCUGGUCUGGUGGCUAAGGAAAUGGCAGGACCCGGUGUCAUUGUGUCCUUCAUCAUUGCAGCCGUUGCAUCCAUAUUAUCAGGCGUCUGCUAUGCAGAGUUCGGAGUCCGCGUUCCCAAGACCACGGGGUCAGCCUAUACCUACAGCUACGUCACUGUCGGGGAAUUUGUGGCGUUUUUCAUUGGCUGGAACCUGAUCCUGGAGUACCUCAUUGGCACUGCGGCUGGCGCCAGCGCUCUGAGCAGCAUGUUCGACUCGUUAGCAAACCACACCAUCAGCCGCUGGAUGGUGGACAGCGUGGGAGCUCUCAAUGGCCUGGGGAAAGGUGAAGAAUCGUACCCUGACCUUCUGGCUCUAGUGAUUGCAAUCAUCGUCACCAUCAUUGUUGCACUGGGGGUGAAGAAUUCCGUGGGCUUCAACAACGUCCUCAAUGUGCUGAACCUGGCAGUGUGGGUGUUCAUCAUGAUCGCAGGCCUCUUCUUCAUCAAUGGGAAGUACUGGGCUGAGGGCCAGUUCUUGCCCCAUGGCUGGUCAGGGGUGCUGCAAGGAGCAGCCACGUGUUUCUAUGCUUUCAUCGGCUUUGACAUCAUCGCCACCACUGGAGAGGAAGCCAAGAAUCCAAACACGUCCAUCCCUUAUGCUAUCACCGCCUCCCUGGUCAUCUGCCUGACAGCAUAUGUUUCUGUGAGCAUGAUCUUAACUCUGAUGGUGCCAUACAGUGCCAUCGACACGGAAUCCCCGCUCAUGGAGAUGUUUGUGGCCCAUGGGUUCUACGCUGCAAAAUUCGUAGUGGCCAUUGGGUCAGUUGCAGGACUGACAGUCAGCUUGCUGGGCUCCCUCUUCCCAAUGCCAAGGGUCAUUUAUGCCAUGGCUGGUGAUGGGCUCCUUUUCAGGUUCCUGGCUCACGUGAGCUCCUACACAGAGACGCCAAUGGUGGCCUGCAUUGUGUCAGGGUUCCUGGCAGCUCUCCUCUCACUAUUAGUCAGCCUGAGAGACCUAAUAGAGAUGAUGUCCAUCGGCACACUCCUUGCCUACACCUUGGUUUCUGUCUGUGUCUUGCUCCUUCGAUACCAACCGGAGAGUGACAUUGACGGUUUUGUCAAGUUCUUGUCCCAGGAGCACACAAAGAAGAAGGAAGGCAUCCUGGCUGACUGUGACAAGGAAGUUUGUUCUCCUGUGAGUGAAGGGGAAGAGUUUUCUGGCCCAGCCACCAACACAUGUGGGGCCAAGAACCUACCAUCUCUGGGAGACAAUGAGAUGCUCAUAGGCAAAUCUGAUAAGUCAACCUAUAAUGUGAACCACCCCAACUAUGGCACUGUGGACAUGACCACAGGCAUAGAAGCUGACGAAUCCGAAAACAUUUAUCUCAUCAAACUAAAGAAGCUGAUUGGGCCCCGUUACUAUACCAUGAGGAUCCGGCUGGGUCUUCCAGGCAAGAUGGAUCGGCCCACGGCAGCUACAGGGCACACGGUGACCAUCUGCGUGCUGCUGCUCUUCAUCCUCAUGUUCAUCUUCUGCUCCUUCAUCAUCUUUGGUUCCGACUACAUCUCAGAGCAGAGCUGGUGGGCCAUCCUUCUGGUUGUUCUGAUGGUGCUGCUGAUCAGCGCCCUGGUGUUCGUGAUCCUGCAGCAGCCAGAGAACCCCAAAAAGCUGCCCUAUAUGGCCCCCUGCCUCCCCUUCGUGCCUGCCUUUGCCAUGCUGGUGAACAUUUAUCUCAUGCUAAAGCUCUCUACCAUCACAUGGAUCCGGUUUGCAGUCUGGUGCUUUGUGGGUAUGCUCAUUUACUUCGGGUACGGCAUCUGGAACAGCACCCUGGAAAUCAGCGCGCGCGAAGAAGCCCUGCACCAGAGCACGUACCAGCGCUACGACGUGGACGACCCCUUCUCGGUGGAGGAGGGCUUCUCCUACGCCACAGAAGGCGAGAGCCAGGAGAACUGGGGCGGGCCGGCUGAAGACAAAGGCUUCUAUUACCAGCAGAUGUCAGAUGCCAAGGCCAAUACCCGGACAAGUAGCAAAGCGAAGAGCAAAAGCAAACACAAACAGAACUCAGAGGCCCUGAUUGCAAAUGAUGAGUUAGAUUACUCUCCAGAGUAGGAGUAAACACACAAGAAACGUGUAGAAACGGUGGUGAUUCCUUUUCAGUAACUUAAACCGUGGGCUAGAGGAUGAAAACAUUUUUGGCUCUCAUUUCAAAAAUCCAGCCUUCCCCAGAGUCAGUCCCCAGUCAUAGCCUGUCAUUUGCUAGUUUUGCUCUUCCGGAUAGUUCUGUCGAAGAGUUUAACCUGGGUUUCAUCAUUGAUCCCCUUGUUUAAAAAAGAAAAAACAAAAAACAAACAAAAAAAAAAAAAAUGAAGAAGAAGAAGAAGCUAAACCAGAGGCUGCAAGAAAUUCUGUCUUAGGUGUGACCAUCAGAGCUGAUGGCGGCAAGUGUUUCCUAGGCCUUUGCUUUGCUGGUUGAAGCUUUUUGCUUCUUAUGGAGACCCCAGAAGCAGGGGCUCAUUUUGGGGGCCACCCUGAGGCUGCAGCUCCUCCUGGAGAUGUGCCAAAGCAGGCAGGUGUGGGUGUGGGUGUGGGCAGGUGGACGUGGGCACUUUCUCAGCAAGAAACGUUUGGUCUGAAAUCUCACAAAAACGAAUCCAUGGAGAAGACACAGGCUUCUUUUUAUUCACCAAGGUUCUCCCAAUCUCCAAACUCUCACUUUAGGAUCCAGCAAAGGUUAGGGACUCUGAGACCGUUUCCCCCAGAGGUCUGAGAGCUACCCUAAGGCAGCCUUGCAGAUCCAACAAUGUGGUAAGAAGCACCAUCAAAGCACUACUUGAAUGCCCAGGAAAAAAAAAAUAAAAUAAAAAAUCAGCUAACUAUCUCUUGCGGUGAAGGCCAGAAGGGCACUGGCAGAAAUUAACUCUCUGUCAUACCUUUUCUUUUACCAGCCUCUUGGCUCCUGCUGAUAUAAUGAAAGGGGGCAAAGUCGGAGCAUGAUUUCAUGGCAUUAAUAUGCCUUGAAGAAGUAGGCCGUUUGUUUUCUAAUCGGAUAAAAAUCUUUACAAGGAGAAGUGACCCAGCCGCUGAGAUCACAUUGCAAAUUCUAUUUCAGAUUUCCAAAAUUAUAAAUUGCGUAGUUUGUUGAGAUUUGCCACCGCAUGAGCUGCGGGGGCUUCUCUGAAAACAGAACUGUUGAAGCUCGGCUUGUGAGGUAAUGGCAUUCCAAGAGAUCACAUUUCACUUCUGAACCUUACUCUCAGAUACGAGUAGCUUGCUUUUAGAUAUAUAUUUUGUCUGUUCUUCCCAGAGCAGGUUCACUGAAGCCCAGAAAAAUGCCUACCUGGUAAGGUCUGCAUCAGGCCCUAAGAGGGGCUCUUAAAGGAAUUUUCUUCUAAAUAACCUAGGUGAGAGAAUGUGUGGCAGGAAAAAAACACACGGCUUAUCAGUUCUACUCCUGGGUCCCCGGGAUUCCCACGGCGGCCUGCAGUCUUGCACGCAUCAACACGAAGGCGCGGUGGCAAUCAAGCUACAGUCUUUAUGGGGGUUUCCUGAAAGGGGCGCAAAAUAGCAGAUUUCUUGCCCUCCCUCUCAGAUCUAGUACUAUGCCAAAAGUUUUCUAGACUACAUCGACUAACGUGAAGUCUAUUCUUUGUUGAAAGGUUGAGGUUCGUGCCAUCUUGGCAUACCUUAGGAUUACAGACAGGAGGCAGAAGUCCAUUUUUUCACUCAGUGAACAGUGACUGAGACUGUAUCAAGUGCGAAGCAAUGGGAAUAGAACAAAGUGUAAUAUUCUGCCCUUGGGGGCUCCCAGGGCAGGGAAUGAGCAGCACUGGCAUCUGACAAACACAGAUAAAACCACCAAGCCUGACAAGCCUUCCUGGCUGAUGCCCUGGGCUUUAAUAUAGAAUAAAAUAGAAGGUCAAUUGAACCUAGUUUUUUUUUUUUUUUUUUAAACAUGCUUUUAAGUAAAUUGCAUAUUGCACCUAUGGCCAACGAAUGCCAGUAAAUUCAAGUAACGCCUAUUUUCUAGAACUUCUUUUCCAUUCUUCUGUAUGAAUUGUUUAGAAUUCUGGUUUCCUGGGGUCAUUUUGUCAAUGUAACGCGUGACAACACCAUGUUUUUUUCUUCCCUAAACUUACCCCUAAAGAUACAGUGCCUGGUCUGUGAAACACACCCUUGGGGAUGAACUAUGGACGAAUUAUCAGUAGUUUUUUGUGAAUACAAAGUUUUGAACUAGUUUCGAGACUCAACAAGUCUGCCUAAACUAAAUACAAUGUGUGAAGCCUGAAAUAUCCAGAUAGAUGGCGGGGUGGGGGGGCUAUAUUCAUUAAAAAUGUUCAAAAAGAAAUAUGGGUGUAAAACAACAAAAUCUUAACGUGGCUGAAAGAGCUCCCUUUCAGUAGUGAGUGUUAAGUAUUAAGGUCACGAUAGUUUGCUGGCAGAUGUAUGGAAUUUCUGUAGCAUGAGGAGAGAGAAUACAGAGUGAACCCCGUUGGUAUUGAUUUUGCAAAGACUCUAUGAACUCUUCUGGUUCUGGAGACAUUUCUCCAAGAUUGUAUCUCCUUUCUAUAAUCUUGGUCUCUUUAUUUCUCUAAAGUAAGUCAACUCCCUAGCAAUCUUAGUUUUUAAAAAAAAAAUUAGUAUGAUAGAGAAAGACUUUUUUAAGUAAAUUGACAUGUUUUUGUUCAUGUUUCCCAGCUUCUAUGAAAUGGUCCCAGGUUUCACAAUGCAGUUUCAAAUACUGUCAGUUACUAGAAUGAUUAUAUUAGUGUUUCCUAGCAAUUUUCUCAAGACCGCAUUAGUGGAAUCACGUUAAAAGUAAGAUCACCUUAUAAUUACUGUAGAAACUUAGCCUUCUUAAAUGGGUCCAAGGAAGACCUACAUUUUAUUGAAUUCUUCUCUCCUGCAGGAGCUUUUCCAGGAAGGUUUCAUUGUGUGAAUUAGUAAUGUGAAACCAAUUAUGAACUUUUUUGUAAUUGUAUUCAAUUUAUUGGUACCCUGCUUCCUUUCAGAAAGAUUUCAAGGUGGCUAUUAAAAAACAUAUAAUGCAAAAAUAAGCAAGGAGCUUGGGUAAAUAAAAACAGAAAUAGAAAGGAUAAGACGAGGCUAGAGUGUGUAUGUUCAGUGCACAAAUGCAAAAUCUUGAUAUGCAUUGCUAAAUUUGCCAAUGAGGUAGCAACUUGAAAAACACUGAAAUUGUUGGGAAGGACAAGAUAAAAUACUCCUGCAUGAUAAGAACAAAUCUUUCCCCAUGAGGGCAGAGAACAGCAUAGAUCAUUGAAACCCACAUACAAGCUCCAGGCUUAGAUUUUGCCAGCUCCCCGUGCCUGGCAUAGAGUGGGUGUUCAGUAAAGUACCUGAUGAUCAGAUGGAAGGCUGAAUGGACAAAUGAAAGGAAAAGGAAAUAUCACCUAUUCAAGAAUGUUUUGUGGAGUCCUUAUCUGUGCUAUGGUCUAAGACAUGGGGGAACCAGGACAUAUAAUAUAUAUCAAUAAAAACCAUAGAGAAGGUUACAUGUAAGAUGAGGGAGUUACAAUGUUCAACAAGAGUUCAAAUACAGAAAAGACCUCCUUCCAUUGGGAAAAACGAUAGCGAAUGUAGUCCUUGCGUGGAGCCCUGCGGAAUGGGCAGAACCUUUCCCCCAGAUAGAAAUGGGGGAAAGGUUUGCCAAGUGGAGAAUCAGCACGAGUAAGGCAGAGAUGGGCUGACAGCGGUCUCUGACUAAUAAUGUGUACUGUGCACCUCCUGCAUGGGAAAGCAAGAAGCUAGUUUGAAAGGAGCUUAUGAUAUACACAUGGUUGAGCUAUGGAACAGUAAGAAAUAAUGCUGAGAGGGUGGCGAUGGCUUAUUCACAGACAGACUUGAACAACGAACUAAGCUGGCUGGCUCUCCUUGGGUGGGGAGGCACCAGGGAAAUGAUGAAUGUAUGAAUCAGGGAGGACUGGGCUUUAGGAACCCAGGGCAGUGGCUUCCUCCACUUGUGUAAGGACCUAACAGAUCACACACUCACUUCGAAUAGAUUUAAUAUGUUAAAGGGGAAAAAAUAUCCAAAUUUUAGCAAUGUAUGAUUGAUUCCUCUUUUGAAUCCUGUCUGAUUUCAUCCUUAACCUAGGAAAAGCAUAGUCAUUUAACAUGUAGACAGGCAAUACCAAAGUUGUUCCCAGCCAUUUUAAAGUUUUCAACAGUAACUUUAAACAACCUUACCUAUUUUUUCUAGCUAACUAUACUAAAAAGUAAAAUUUCAGCUCCAGAUUUUACUUGAGCACAAGGCCACUUUGAACUGGUGAAAGGAAUCAGAUGAUAGAAUUCAGUGAAGAAUCCAGUUCUAGGGCUUAGUCACUAAUGGCUAAUCAAAUGUCUACAUCAUGAUCAUGAUGUUAGAUAUAUGGGGGGAAGGGAAGCUGUUGAGAUUAACAACACAUUUCUGUACAUACAAACCCAGAAAUUACUGGGAAACAAAACACAAGCUCCUCCAAAGAAAUGUCUUUCCCCUAUUCUCCUGAAAAAGACUGAUAGACUUGACUUCCUUCACAUCACAUUUGUUGGAAGUUUACAAGAGCAUACCUUUUCUCUGCAUUAUAAAUAGAAGCUACAGGAGUAUGAGAAUCAGCCCACAAGACUAGGAGAAAUGCUUGUCCCCUCUCCCUUGCUUUUACCAGGCACUGAGAUGACCGUGGAAGCUCAUGGGUGGUCAGCUACAGGUUCACCUAAGUUUGUAUCUCAGAACAGAGAAGUCAGAAGUCAGGGAGCAUGUCCCAAUCCUGGGCUGGAACCAACUCACUGAAUCCAGGCAGAGUGAAUGGCCUGCUCUUGGAUGUAAGCUUUCAGGCUAGCAAACAAUCCAGAGAUGGCCUUAAUUUCUGAUGCUGGUGGGGAGCAGAGGAGCGAAGGAAACACACACUUAGGGGUGCAUGAUAGCACUCCAUUUCUAUGCCAUGUGGAACAAGACUAGUCAAAGAAGGUGUUUCUAACCAACAUUUUCUCAGAGUCUCGGUUUCUUUUGCAUGCUUGUAUCUCACUGACACCAAGGACCCAUUUGUCUUCAAGGGUCCUUUCGAGUCCCUAAGAGAGAGAGAGGCACCCGCUGCUAACCACGGAUGGGCUGGCCGUGAAAGAGCCAGUGCUUGUCAUUAAAGAGCAGGCAAAGCCAGGAACCACAUCCCAAACUACAGGAACCCGGAUGUUGUUCAUUGAAGGGUGGACUUCGUAUUUCCCAGUUCCGUGGUGAUGGGGAGCAAAAAGGCCCCUUUCCUGUACAUAACUGUUAGUGCUGUGUCCAUUUUUCUCUCUAAGACUCCAGGAGGAGAAGCUAUUGUAAUUCCUUUUUCUCCUCAGGAGCUACCGCUUUCGAAAAUGCUUUCCUCCUCUUGCUCGGCUUGACUAAUACACGCAUCAUUCUGAAAGACCUAGGCAGUUGCAUUUUGUCAAAAUUAUCUCUCUUAGAAAAUGUCCUUUUUUUCUUUUAGGACUUAAAGCCCAAAAGGGAUUAGUGGAAGUUUUGCAGCCCACCAAAAGUGAACGUAAUUCUGCAAUAUCAACUAAAAUAGUGUUAGAAACCAUUAAACAGUAUUCUACAUGCGUGGAAUUACGAAAUUCGCAGAGAACGUUCACAAAAUCAGCUUUGGGCUUGAAGCCUUCCGAAAGCAGGGAGCUGUAAUUCCUUACCCUCCGAGAACUUAUUAGUACAUUCUGGUACAAUAUGGAGAGAAAAUGCCUUUGUGUGAGAAUGAAGAAACAAGGCAGCCUAGAUUUUUUUCAUCAGGGACCCCCUCUAUGCUUUCUUUCUAUGACGCUUUCCUAACAAGGACACUGGUGACUUUGGCUUUUAAAGAGAACGUGGGUCAUGUAAAUUUCCCUUGAAGCACAGACUUUGAAGGACUGUGUUCCUUCGGAGAGUGAGAUGAGGUGAGUUCUUCUUGCACAUCUCCUGGUGGGUAUCGGCAAUUGCCAGUUCACGGGUCUCACUCAUUCAUGCUCCUGGAAGCAAGAAUCUACACCAGAAAUCAUGGACUCCCCAAAGCAAAGACAUGCUAUGUUAAUGCUACAAUAGCGCAUAAAUACCUCAACUGUCUGGGCUGAUAGAGGGGCUGCAGGUUUUAAGAGAGCAGAUACUAUCCUCCUCCAUGUAGUCACACCAUCUAACGACAGGACUCAACAUUCUAGUUUUCUUCACUGUGGAAAAGAAACGUCACUGUUUAAUCCGUAUCCAAAGUUCUAAAUACAGCUUGUAAAUUUUACUGACUUGUUUCCUUUUGUUGGGUCCUUGAGAAGUACAACUUGCUUUUGCAGAUGGUAAUUUCUAGUGUCUUUCUCUGCUGUAUUUUUUGUUUUUGGUAUGAAAUUGCUGUAUUUGUUAAAGUUUGUUCGUUCUGUGGUUUUUAAUUCCCAUUGGUGCACUGUACAAUGGGGUGUUAUAGUGUAUCAUCAAGAAAGAAAUAAUAUGCUGAUAUGUUAUGGAGUGUGUUUUAUUUUCAAAUGACUCUGUGGUGUUGAUGAUAUAUUGAUUUACCAAGAUACUAAGGGAAAAUUCUAAAUUUACCAAAAUGUGUAUAUUUUAAUAAAUGUGUAAAGCUUUA